UUGUGUAUAAUGAGAUCUUAAAACAACAUCUUUUUGUUUUCAUCAUUUAACACUUUUCAGGUUCGAUUUGGAGGAAGACUAUAAAUGAUUUUUCCAUGUAACUUCUUAUCUGAUGUCUUAUUUUCAAAGUUGUCUGACACAAAUAAUACUUGCAUUUUAUGUGUGGUGUUAUUAUUUUUUAUUUAUUUAAAUAAUUACUUACACAACUUGUAGUUUUUAUGUUUGGAAUGAUAUAAAUGGUUUAUUUAUUAAUAUAUAAUGACACUCAGUAAAGUAAAAUGGCAACUAAACAAUAAACUAAGUAUAAAAUAUCUUAAAGCUAAAGUAAUUUUUUGUAAGCAUGCAUCAUCACCAGCAUCAUAAUCAACACCAUGGAGCAAAUAAAUCAAUGAAUUUAAUAUCAAAUAUGUCAGAUAAUGAACAUACCUCAUCAAGUAUCGUACCAAGAUCAUGCUGUUUGCGUGUUAUUAGAUUGCAAGUGUUUCGAGCAUUGGAGCAAGAUCUAAAGGCACUGGUAGUAUGUGUAGCAAUGCAGGGAUCAAGAAGAAGCCUUCGUUCUGAUCAGAUACCAGUGCAACCGUCUGGUUCUUUAGAUGUUGAUCUUGAUUUAGUAUUUACAUUACAGUAUCCUCAUUUUCUUAAAAGAAGGGAAAACAGGCUUCAAAUUACAUUGCAAAGGCGUAAGAAGUACAAGACAAGGACCAUCCUUGGCUACAAAACACUGGCAGUAGGGCACAUCAAUAUGGCCCAAAUAUUACAAGGAUGGUAUUCACCUCAUCUUCAUUUAUACACAAAAGAUGGAACAUCUCCUGCUGCCACUCUUAGUAUUGCGUCAGUCAGCAGUGAGCCAGUUGAAAGGGACCUGAAUGUUAGAAGACAUCCUAUAGCUUCAAUGGCAGAACCUAGUUCUGAUGAAGAAGGUGACGAUGACUCUUACAGCAGUGAUGUGGAAGACAGUGCUGGUGAAAUGGACAGUGCACGAGAAACCUAUUCCAGACAUACUUCUAGACAUCGAAAGGUUUCAUCAAGAAACUUUAAGCAAAAGAUUAUCCAAGCCCUGUUUAAAAAACUAAAAGUGACUGAUGCUGAUCUAGGGCAUGUACAUGAAGGUUUAGCGCGAGAACUGAAUAAAGUUGACAUGGAUAAUGAGGAAUUUUUAUUUGACGAUGACGAUGAUGAUGAUGAUGAUGAUGAUUCAGAUGUGGACAGUAACAUAUUAGAAGACAAUGCUAGCAUCGCAUCUGCCCAAAAACCUGGCUUGAGACCUUAUUUUGAUCACAGUCGUAGUCAAACAACACUUAAUCAAAACACUCUAACUCGUAGUGAAGCUCAGGAAUUAAGUGUGGCAUUAGGUUGUGUUUUGAAUGGUAUUGAUUCCAAUAGGGAUGGUGUCAACAACGAUACUUCUCAGCAGGAAAAACCAAAUGCUGAAUCAAUAUUUCAUGACUCUGAUACACAAGCUGAACUAAAAGAUGAUAGGGUUCCUUCACCUGACCGUUUAAAAACAGGACCAAGAAGUAUAUCAUUUAAAGAAAAAGGUGGCGAUAAAAUUCAUUUGCAGCGAAAACGAAGUGUUGAUUUAGAAAAAAUUUGUAAGUAUGUUUUCAAGGAAAGCGCAAAGACUGACUUUACAGAUCAAUUAUCUACCAUUCUUGGAAAUGAUGGGAAAAUACCAGAGUAUAUUCUAUUGGUUGGAAUAAAGGAUGAUAUUAGUCAGCACUUGACAUUGAAACGUAUAUCCAGACUUGGUCCUGUCAUAUGCACUUCUUGUUCCUCUGAUGUCCAGGCAACAAUAACAGCUGUCUCCAAUAAACUUCAAAAAUUUUCAAGUCGACAUUCUGCUCCACCACCCUCAAUACGCAUUGGUGUAAUUGGGCCUGAAAGCUAUUUACGAAACGUCAUGCGAAGUUAUGUGGAACAAUUUUCACACAAACCUCAAGAAUAUCAAAGUUUUGUAAAGUUUUUAGUAAUACCUUCUGGUCCACACAAAGUAGCAAUCUAUUUAUCUCAACUGGACCAAAAAUACAGUAGUCUGUUUAUGGAUACGUUCUGGAAAACUGUAUUUGAACAAAAAUUUUUAUCUGACACAGAUUUAAGGGAGGUGGAGAAGCGAAUUUUGUAUUAUGUUCAGCAUUCUGAUAGUAUUCAUUCUAUCCCGAUUGCCGAAGCACUAAUUACCUCUCGAUUACUAAAUGGGGAGUCUGCACAGCGUUUUAUUCCCUUCAUCAUGGAAGUUCGAAUGGGUUUGAAUGAAUCUUUUUACAAUGCAGAUGGUACAGAUAGUGAUACAGGCUCACCGAGCAACUCAAAUAUGUCAAAAGAAAAUAAUGGUAACUCAUCAGACAAAUCCUGUAAAGAUGCACUCUCAUCCAGUCCAAGAAAUGAGCUUGAUAAUCGAAGUGUCCACGGUCAAUCUUCAACAUCUGAAACACUAGAUUUGGUUGUAGAUUACUGGCCUAUUCCAUCUUUGCAAUAUCAAAAUAGAAAAGAAGAGCGGAAAGAUAACAAGCUAUCAAUCAAAAGUACAUUCAGAUCACUUUGCGUAUCUCGACUGCCUUCCAACGAAAAUGAGGAUAACAAUGGUCUUCUAUUUUCUGCCAACACGAAAAAUCGAAAUAAGGGAGUCAAGCGUUUAAUGAAGCAACGUGAUAAAGACACGGAGUCUAAAUCUGCUGUGUCAACCAUCGUUGGGAAACUUGUUUGUACUGCUCGAAGUAGCGGUCAAACGUUUAGUGUAUGGAUUGAUGGGAAAGAAUGGAAUAACGUGAAAUUCUUCUCAUUAUCGUCUCAGUGGCCAACACACAUCAAACAGUUUCCUAUUGGAAUGUUUUUGAAUUAUGGAAUAUCUGAAUGGUCAUGAGUUUAACUAUCAUGCACUAAGGACUGCGUUAAAUUAUUGACCAUGAUAUAUCUAGCUGUUUAUUGAAGCAUGCCGAUAGCAUCUCCAACAAAAACGUUGGGUAUAGUAAGCCACAAAUAGAGUUCCUUUUAACAUUUUAAAGACACAAUAAAGCGACAGUGAAUUAACCCCAAACAAAUAUGUCAGAGAAAAUAACACGUCUAUUGAACGCUCAUUGGUACAAAUAUUCAUCUUAUUUUAUAACAGUCAUCAUUAAGUUCAUUUGAAUGAAACUUGAUUGAUGAUAAUUUUAUUAUUGUCAAGGGAGAUUUUGCUGUCUUUGAUGGAUGGUUGACGAAUCUAAAGAUGUUGCUUUACUGAACACGUUUGCAUUUUUGCAUGCCAAUUAAAAUAUAAAAUUUUUUUUUUUAUUUAUUCUCCUUAUCUUGUUCCUUCUUUAUUUAAGAAACAAUGGAAUAAACAAACAGAGUUAAUCAACCAGUCGGAUUGUCGAGGUUUUUUAUUAAACUAAUCAUUGGCUAUCAUUUUUCGGCGCAUUUUUACAAAAAUCUCAAAAAUUGCGCGGAAAUUAAAUUUCAAUUUUAAAUACGUCCGGAAAUUAUAGUCUAUUAAAUUUCGUCUCACUUCACUUUUUAUAAAGGACGCAGUUUUUUUUCCCAUUUAUUUAAUUUUAAUUUUAUAAACAGAUUUUAUGUUGUAUAACCUUUGUGUUAAUGUUUCUUUAUAUUCACGUUCGUAUAUAGUUGUAAAAGAAAGUUUUAAACAUUACAAUUUUUAUGUAAAUUAUAAAGGAAUUUUUAUCCUUGAAAUAGUUUUAUUUUCAGUUUGUUUUUUUAAUGUAAAAAUUAAAAUUCGCAUUGAUCAUUCACGAAACCUCAUUAUUUUUCUAAACAGUCUAACACGAAAGAAAAGUGCCUGUCAUGCACUUUUAUUUUUGAGAAUUUACCUGUCGUUUGCCAAGGGUCUUUUUGCGUCUGUAAUAUCUUACCGGUUCGAAUUUUAACCAAAUGCUUAAUACAAGAUUUAUUACAGUGUCAGAGUAGAUAUCUUGCAUUAAAAGCAUGAGAUACAAUAACGCUUGCUUGCUGGAAAGGCGUUAAUCAAAUAUAUAAUGUUGACUAUACAUAUAGUGAAAACCUCAAAAAAAUUCUAGGUUUAUCCAUUCUCAUUUUAAAUUGUAUUUU